CGUGUAUUCACUGAAAAUAUAGUUCGAAAUAUUGCUACAAUUUUAAUUUUUUUUAUAUCUACUCUAUGAUUAAAGAGCUUAACUUAACAAGGUUUGUGUCUGUCCUAUUUGAACCUUGCUACUUUCACUUUCGAUUUGAUCAGCAAUGAAAAAAAGUGUUACAGUGGUUGAGAAGAGGAUAAGUUUUCUGUUUCAACUAGCCCACCUGUGCAUCACAUCAAAAGAUGUAGACAAAGAAAUGUGCAAACAUCAUGUGAGGAAUUUGAAGAGGAUAUCAAGAAAAAAUGUUAUUAGACUGCAUCCAAACAUAAAGAGGAGACUGUGCAAGCAUUGUGAUAUGCUACUUUAUCCUGGAAUCACAGCAAAAGUUAGACUUUCAAAAAAACCACAAAGGGCUGUCACAGUUCAGUGCAUUGAAUGUAAAAAAGUGAGGAGGUUUCCUUGCACUAAUCCAGAUUACAAAAUAUGGAUAGAGAAAUUCCAAGAUCUUUCUCAAAAUGCUAGCUGAUUUGAAACUGGAGGUUACCUUCAUUAUACUGGAAAGGCCAAUUUACUUUGGCACUGAAUUAGCAAUGGGAGACAGUUGAGUGGAAAAGUAGGCCAUUCUAUUACAAGUCCCUGUUCAUACUGAUUUCAUAUACAUGCGCAUCUGCUGAAGACUUGACACAAUGUGUUCUGUUAAUUUAUUUGGACAUCAUAUUAUUUACAUGCAAGAUACAAAAAACAUUCCCUGCAAUUGUUGUAAUACAAAAUGAUCACAUUUCAUUUGGUACAUAUUAUAAUAGGUCAUUUACAUUUCAAAUUAUGUACUGUAUAUACAUUUAAAUUCUAUAUUUACAAAAUAAAAUUGAUUUAAUAUGCAAGAUUUCAAUAUACCUUAGAUUUCAAAACAAUGUAAAGGUGUAUCACCUGACUAAUAUCAUUUAAGCUGAGGUGAGGUCAUAUAUUAUUGAAGGUAUAAGUAAUAAUAUUAAAGAAUAAAGUGACUAGUAAGUUAAUAAAUUGGCUUUGCAAGUUGGAAAAAUUAAGGGCAAUUUGGUCCAAUUGAGACUAGAACCAUUUUAAGAAGAGCUUGGGCUUUGGGUAGUUGUGUCAAACAGCAUUGUGAUGGAUAUCUGUUUUAUUGCUGGCCAUUUAGCCAUGGCUCUUUGAAAUCAACAAGAUUUGUCUAGCUUUUGAGUUAAGACUACGCAAUCAGUGUAUAUUUCGCUUGAAACCAGCAUCAUUUUUU